CCAUCUUUUAUUGAAACUUAACUACAUCUGUCAAAAUGAGGUGAAAACUAAUUUUUCCUCUGACGGCAAAAAUUAAAGAUCUAUUUUCCAUAAAAAUCAGUGUUUGUGUAAACUGUAUAAUAUUGCAUACAAAAAUAAAUGUGAUUACAAAUUGUUAAUUGCACAACAUAAUUUCCAGAGAAAUCAAUAUAAGGUAGACAUCGCAACCAUCAACCGAUGCUAAGCGUCGUUGUAUGGAUCUUUGCUGCUGACCGCUGUGUGUCGCUUGAAAAAUUGGCUGAAAGUCUAUAAAAGUACUUAACAUCGCGCCAAACUCCGGGCGACCUCUGUGAAGAAAGUUUUUGAAAACAUUCAAGAUCGUCGAUAAUUGAAGGAUGUCUGCAUCAAUUGAUGAAGAUUCUGAUGGCCAAGAUUUGAAUACCAUCAUACAUUCAUUUAAUAAAGAAAUUGAGGAAGUAACGCUUUGCUUAACUGAAGGUUUAGGUGGUGAUGACAAGGAAUCAGUAAAACUUUCUCAAGGAGAUGGUGAUAAAGAAGGUGUAGAUAAACAAUAUUACGUGGACGAAGGUGGAAAUUUGUUUUUAGCAUUAACACCCAGCAAGUGCGAUGAAGUGCCGAGCGGUACCAAAAGAAAAGCGAAACCUUUAUCGGGAAGUCAAGCAAAGCGAAAAGCAAAUAAAAGCAGUACUUCUGCAAGCAGUGCACCUAACACUGGCAUACAGAAAUAUAUGGUUUUUCUCAAUGACGACAACAUCAAAUCAGAAAACGAACAAAUCGUCGACGAUCCAGCACCGGUUGAUGAAAUGUAUGAAUUCGAUGAACUGGAAGAGCAAAGUGCAUCUCAAGAAGAAGAAGGUGAAAAGUUGUCGCUUUUGAAAGUGUUCCCGGUAAAAAGUAAAGAUUCUUCUGGAACUAUAAUGCAGUAUUCUUGUCCACAUUGUGAUUAUCAAGUGGAUAAGCGAUUUUUGUUAUCACGUCAUAUGAAGAGACACUCAGACGAUCGCCCUUUCAUUUGUUCUGUAUGCGAUCGGGGUUUCAAGACCAAUCACACAUUACAAAAUCAUAUUAAUGUACAUCUCGGUAGGAGACCACAUGCUUGUCAGUCAUGCGAAAGUCGUUUCACGACACCAGGAGAUUUGGCACGACACGUACGUUACAAACACACGCAUGAGAAGCGACACAAAUGCACGGAAUGCGACUAUGCUACGGUGGAGAUGAGUAAGCUGCAGCGGCAUAUGCGCGCCCACACCGGCGAACGUCCAUACCAGUGUCCACAUUGCACUUAUGCUUCGCCGGAUAGUUUUAAAUUAAAACGACAUUUGCGCACGCACACUGGCGAAAAGCCUUAUGAAUGUGAUAUUUGUAAAUCGCGUUUUACGCAAUCCAACUCGCUGAAGUCACACAAACUUAUACACAGUGUGGAUGACAAACCAGUCUUCCAAUGUGCAUUAUGUCCAACAACUUGUAGCCGCAAAUCGGAUCUGCGGAUACACGUACAAAAGUUGCAUUAUUCGGAUCAUCCCAUACCAUGUACAAGAUGCGGCAAGGAAUUACCCGAUCGAUAUAGCUAUAAGAUGCAUGUGAAAACGCACGAAGGCGAGCGCUGUUACAGUUGCGAUCAAUGUAAUUACAAAUCGAUUUCCAUGCGUAAUCUGGACAUGCACAAGCAAAUCCACAGCGAUGUAAAGCCGUUUAAGUGUGAUCAAUGUGGACAAUCAUUCCGACAAAAGCAGCUGCUCGGUCGUCAUACAAAUCUCUAUCAUAAUGACAAUUACACACCGGCACCGAAGCUAAAAAAGACGCACACUUGCCCAUACUGUAAACGAGCAUUUGCGCACAAGGGCAAUCUGGUGCGGCACAUGAAAUUGCACGACGCCGCAGAUAAAGACGGCAAAACCGAUAUGAUGGGCAAGCUGGAAGACGAGAGCUUAUUUGAUAUUGUAGAUGGCUAUAUUACGGAUGAGAUUGACGACGAAAUGACAAAUGAUGAAAACUUCGAGGUAUUCGAAGUAAUAGAGGAGACGUUAGAAAGUGAAAACGAUUACACGCUAGAAACAGUGGAGCCAACCACUAGUAAAGCACGCGUACUUAACAAAAGUACAGCAGUGGCAACAAGAGGUAGAGCGAAAGGCAAAGGAAAGAGUACGGAAGUGAAAGUGGAAAAUGUAGAGGACGAGGAUGAGAACAGUGUAGAAGAUGAUGUAAGUGGGUUGCCGGGUUAUAUGGUAGUAAAAGUGCUACAAAGUGACGAUGAAUUGGACGAUGAUGAUAAUUGUGUUGUUUUAACGAAUUUGGAGAACGUUAAAGAUUCGAAAGAUGAUGCACAAACCAAAGUUGAAGCGGCGGAAUGUUUCGGUUUUGACGAGGACUCUAACGAUGCUGAUGAUAUGGAAGAGACAGUCUUGCUUAACAUCAUCGAGGAGAACUAAUGCGUAUGUCUACGAAGUUCUCAAUCAUCUAAAGUAUAUACAUACAUACAUAUUGAUGUAUACAUAGUUUUUUUUUUUGCAAUUUUUACGCAAUAUGUGUUUAAGAUAUAUAUGUAUUCUAAUAUAUAUACGCUAUUUUAUUAUAUGUACUUCAAUAGUUUUGUUUAUUUUUAAAUACAUACAUACAUAUGUUUCGACA